CGAUAACUCUGCUAGGAGAAUAGUUUCGAGUCACUACCAUUUCGUUCGUCUGAAGUCUGAUAAAUUCGGUAUUUCAACACACCGCACUCUGACUGCUUCCGGAUGGUCAUCUAUUAGCCCAAACUUCAUAAAAUUGUGAACAGAGAAUGGUAGCCUAAGUUGCAGAUCACUUGCACCUUGUGUGGGAAGAAUGAGUCCAUCUGGGCUUCAUAUAAAUAAACCUGCAGUAAUUAUUAUAAUAGGCUUGAUAAGUACAGUGAUCUUCUGGUACUCUUAUACAAGCAAGUCUACGACAGAACAAGUAGAGACAGUUUCUGAGUCAGGCAACAUGGCGGUCACAGAAGCAAUGAUGAAGAUUAUGAAGGACGAGCCAGUACCAAAGGAACAAACAAAAGAUGCAGGAGAAGGCAUAUCUCUGGUAUACAGAGAGGUAAAGCCAGAGGGAUCCAAGCUGGAUGUCCUGUUCCUGCAUGGGCAGGCAUUUGAGGCCAAGACCUGGGUGUCUGAGCCAGUAUUCACGCUGCAGCUGUUGAACAAGGUUGGAUACAGAGCCGUGGCUUUGGACUUACCAGCAGGUGAUAAAUGGAAAAGCAAAAAGCCGGAAAAAAUGGAAAAUGAUGUGUUCCUUGCCAAGGCAAUCACGUCCUUGGGACUUACAAAACCUGUCAUCGUGAGUCCAUCGAUGAGUGGAGGCUUUUCCCUGCCUUUCCUGUUUAAAGAUCCUUCCAAAGUGCAAGAGAAAUCCAGGGGGUUUGUUCCUGUAGCUCCUGUAAACACAGAGAAGUAUUUGGACCAAUAUAAAAGUGCUCAUAUUCCUACCAUGAUCAUCUAUGGUGAGACAGACGCCACACUCGGAAAAGAAAGCCUCAAGAACCUUAAGAAUCUGCCCAACGUGACGGUCAUAGAAGAAUUGAAAGGGGCAGGCCACGCUUGCUACAUGAACAGUUCCCUGGAGUUUAAUAAGAAACUGGUGGAUUUUUUGCAAAGUCUGAAAUAAAGUCAUGUUUAUGUUCUUAUUUGUGAUCAUCAAUUUGUAUUAUAUGGUUAGAUGGCCAUCACUCAAUGUACAUAAUGAAAUAUAUGUGCUGUACUGGUUUAUUAAAGCGAAAGUAUGUGUUAUAUACUAGUUUUUUUUAUAAAUAAAAAGGCAUAUGUUGUA